AACCGUAACGACUGUCCAGGAUUUGAUAAAUUUUUCUCUUGAUUCUUUAAAUUGGAGGCAGUGGCGGAGCCAGGAUUUUGGGCUAGGGGCUUAGCCCCUCUAGCCCAAAAUAGAAGAGAAGAAAACUCCCAUUUUUCGCGGCACUCCUAUUUGAUUAAUCCCUACUGAUUGCCUGAUUUUCGUGGCCAUUUCCCGUUAGAUCUCGAUGCGACACAAAAUCAAAUAGCCGGUUUGAACAACGGUGGAAGUACAAAACAAACACUCACAAUCGCUCAGAUGCCUGUUCAUCAACAUAGUAAAGGCACAUUAUUCACUGCGGAUGCAGGUAGUCAUCGCCAUGCAAUCAACGAUCUAGGACAUAAUCAUGGCGGUUCGACGGAUAUUAGACCCGGCGGUGCCGGUGGAUACUUCCACCGUUGUUCAAACCGGCUAUUUGAUUUUGUGUCGGAUCGAGACCUAACGGGAAAUGGCCACGAAAAUCAGGCACAUUGA